AUGAACGCAAGGCAAUUGCGCAGAGUGCCCUUAGUAGCACAGCAGUCCAUCAUACCACGCCGCAGUGCAUCAAGCAAAGCAGCCCAACCCCUUAAGACAAGUCCAAAGCCAGCGGCAUUAAAACGGAGAGAAUCAACUCCGCAAUAUAAACGCCACUCCAGCCCCCAGAGGGCCGGCGUUGAAGCAAAAGCCGUCAACUCUGGCAGCACUGGAAAGUCCGGCCAUGGAAUUCCUGCUAGAGCCCUUACCUUCAUGGGAAUAACAGCUCUCACAAUAAGCACAUACUGUGGUUACUUGUAUACAUCAUACUCGCGGGAAGUCAGCAAAUCGCAGACACUCAACGUGCCACGCGACGUCUCAGACCGCUACAACACCACAGCGCCAACAUUUGACGCAGAUGUCGAGCUCUCUGAGAAGGCAAUGGGGCUAGGCAAGAAGCGCCGCGACUUGGUCGAGAUGGCGCGUGGAAAUGUCCUCGAAGUCAGCUGCGGUACAGGGCGCAAUUUGCCGUUUUACGAGCUCGGUGAGCGCCGUGGGACGGAUAAAGACGGCCGUUCAAGUGUUCUUGGUUGCCGAUCUGUUACAUUUUUGGAUCUGAGUCCGCAGAUGGUUGCAAUUACGAAGGAGAAGUUCGAGAAGCUACAUCCUGCCUUCGGGAAAGUUACAUUCCAGGCUGGUGAUGCCGGGUCUGUUGAGCCACCGACGAUUUUGCAUUCUGGUUCGGUGGAGGAUUUGCCACUGUAUUAUGAUACCGUUUUGCAGACUAUGGGGCUGUGCUCGAUGCCCGAUCCUGUUGCGACACUGCGCCACCUUGGCUCUGUUACUGAGCCUGCUCAUGGUCGAAUUCUCUUGCUGGAGCACGGUCGAUCUCAUUAUGAUUGGGUUAAUCGCAUUCUAGACAAUCUUGCUCCAGCCCACGCGGAUCGCCACGGGUGUUGGUGGAACCGUGAUAUUGGAGAAAUUGUGCGUGAAAGUGGGUUGGAGAUUGUGGAGGCGAAGCGCUGGCAUUUGGGAACUACAUGGCGCUAUGUGUUGCGACCGAAACAAAAUGUUCAGACCCUGAGGUCUUGA